UGUAUCCGUUCUCACAGACCAUAUCAGCAUCAUGACGGAAAAUUGGUAUACUAUUCCGAUGAAAAAAAUCAAAAUAGAACGUUUCGGUUGGCAUGUCUUCUAACGACCUUCCCCCUUCGGUGGGACACUAUUACAUAACUCAACAGCUUAAGUCUUUCUGCAUCCAUUAGUUGGUAAGCAUUUACAGGGCACUUUCAUCUAAAGUAACGGCCCUAUGUAUAGGCAUUCGGCUUCUCAAUCUCGGAUUAGUCUUGAUUUAGGUUAGAUUCCACCGGACCCUGCUUAUGGGUCUUCGUCUUGAAUCGCCCGUUAGGAGGGGCCUACAUCACUUUGAGUUGACUGAAGCCACUUGUUAAAAAGGGCUAAGGGGAGCUGUUCCCAUGAAAAACGCAUAAUCGUUUGUGAAGAUAGUUGUCUUAGUUGCCCUCGAUAUUUUAUCGAUUUUAUGAGCAGAAUGUUGGUUUCCCUCUUCCUAGCUUUGUCGUCGCUCACUUUGGUGCAAGCUGCACUCAAGUACAAAGGCGUCGACUGGUCUUCAGUUAUAGUUGAGGAGAAAGCUGGGAUAUCUUAUACCACUACAAGUGGAAGCGCUCAGCCCCUAGAAAAGAUCUUGAAGGAAUCUGGAGUCAACACCGUACGGCAGAGAGUCUGGGUCAAUCCUAGCGAUGGCGUCUACAACUUAGACUACAAUUUAAAAUUAGCAAAGCGGGCAAAAGCCGCUGGACUCGGCGUUUACGUGGAUUUUCAUUAUAGUGAUACAUGGGCCGAUCCAGGACAUCAAGCAAUUCCUUCAGGAUGGCCCACGAACAUUGACGAUCUUGCUUGGAAAUUGUAUAACUACACGUUAGAUGUGUCGAACAAAUUUGCUGCAGCGGGCAUAUCACCUACCAUCAUCUCGAUCGGUAAUGAGAUCACGGCAGGUCUCCUGUUCCCAACGGGCUCCACAAAGAACUUCUACAACGUUGCUCAGCUCCUACACUCGGCUGCAUAUGGAGUCAAGGACAGCAAGCUGUCUCCUAAGCCACGCAUCAUGAUCCAUCUCGACAAUGGGUGGGAUUCUAACACCCAGAAGAAUUGGUACGAAUCUACCUUAAAGGCCGGGCCAUUGAAGACAUCAGACUUCGACAUGAUGGGAGUUUCCUAUUAUCCGUUCUACAACCCGUCUGCAACGCUUUCGAACCUUAAGACGAGUCUUACUCACAUGGCAAAUACAUGGGAUAAGGAGAUUGUUGUGGCCGAGACCAACUGGCCUACCUCUUGCAAGUCUCCCGCUUACUCGUUCCCAAGCGACCUUAAGAGCAUACCAUUUUCAGCAGACGGCCAAGCUACCUUCAUGAAGAAAGUCGCAGCGGUGGUAGCCGGAGUAAAUAAUGGCAACGGAAUCUUCUAUUGGGAACCAGCCUGGGUGGAUAACGCAGGACUCGGGUCUUCAUGCGAAUCCAACACAAUGUUUUCGUGGCCCGGGAAAGAGUUAAGUAGUUUAGACGUAUUUUCGUCGAUAUAG